AUGACCAAGGGACCUGUAAGUAUCCCUCCAUCUCAUCCCUACAACCUGCCCGUCUCACCUUGUUACCAUAUCCUAAGCCUAACCUCUAGAUCUCCGAUUUAG